AUGUUGUGGAAGGACCUGAAGCAAGCAGGUAACAUACCUGAACCGGCAAAGUCUGCGCCUAAGAAGGGCUCGAAGAAGACCGUCACCAAAACCGCCGGCAAAGGAGAAAAGAAGUGCGAGAGGUCUAGGAAAGAGAGUUAUGUUAUCUACGUCUAUAUAGUACUGAAGCAUGUUCAUCCUGACACUGGUAUUUCUUCCAAGGUGAUGGGGAUCAUGAAUUCUUUCGUCAAUGACAUCUUCGAGCGCAUCGCCGGUGAAGCUUCUCGUCUCGCUCACUACAAGCGCUCCACCAUCACAUCUAGAGAAAUCCAGACCGCCGUGCGUCUGCUGCUGCCCGGUGAGCUGGCCGAACACGCCGUGUCUGAGGGCACAAAAGCCGUGACUAAGUAUACCAGCUCCAAGUAA